UAUCAUAUUUUAGAUUAUUUAAAAUUGGUCUUUAUAAACGCAAUCAAUUUAAUAAUAAAAAUUAUUUUUCGUGUUUUCUCAUAUUAUUAAAAUCAAAUUGUCAGUCCUAAACUUUCAUUUCUGCUACAAUUAUAAUAAUCAUUAAAAAUGUGUUUCUACUAUUAUUUUGGAAUAUUUCUUUAUUCUGUGUGUGUAUUUAUCACACUUACGAAUUCAGCUGGAACAUCAAGUAACAAUGACCCAAAAGUAAUAAAUCAGUUAAACUUCAAGGAGUAUUAGACUUUAUGUAUAAUCAUUUCAAAGAACAGGAAACAAUAGCUAAAGAAUGCUUUCUUAAAUGUCCUCAAAUAUGUGAGAAUACAGUAGAUUUAAGUUCUGCAUCUCUAUGUAUUGGCGGGACAAUAUUCUUUGAACAAAAAUUACUUAGAUUUUAUCGUACAAAGAUUUUUGAUACGUAUACAUCUUUUGGAAAUAGAUUCCAUUAUAAAGAUAUGUUUGAUAAUUUUAUAAAAGAUUUUGGAACAGUUUUACUUCCAGAAUCAUUUAUUUACUAAUUUUACAUGUCUGUAAUGAAUUUUGAAUGAUUUGUAAAAAUAAACAAAAUAUUUUUCAAAUAGUA